ACAGAGGGAGAGUGCGCGUCUUCGCGAGGGGGCGGACGGAGGCAUUUCCGCGCUUCAAAGGCGCGGGGGGAAUUGGCUGCUAGCCCCCGUUGGGCUUGGCUGCGAAGCGGAGCGGCGGACUUCCGAGGCGGCGUUUUGAAAAAGAAGCUGAACUACAACAGGAACCUCCAGGCCGGGUCGACUGCCAGAGACGCAGGGAGAGGAGCGGUGGAAGGCGGGAAAACCCAGGCCUGGGGGCGCGCGUUUCCCCAUCAAAGGAGACUCCCUUUUUGUCCUCGUCGCGGCCGAACCCGGGAGGCUGAAAGGGGCGACAGUGGCGGGGCUGCGGAAAUGGUUUCUGACGUACCAGGGAAGCCUUUUGUGUAGCUGGUCCUGGUUAACCCCAAAUCCCUUCCUUUCAACCCCCGGUGUCUCCGGCCACUGUUUUGGGUGCACUGUGGAAGAAUGUGUGGACGGACAGCUGUUACUCUGGGAGCGGAUCGUCUCCGCCGUGCCUGUGGUUACCGCAAUAAUCAAGGGGAAAGAACGUAUCCUGAAUGGAAAAAUGCUGACAAAUACAGCCCUUCCUUCAAUAAGAGCCCACAGUCUAACACUCCUGUGCUUCUCUCCCGGCAACACUUUGAGAAGGAUGCCAGUUCUUCUGAGCGUAUCCUUGUAGCCAUGCGUUGGGGACUAGUUCCAGCUUGGUUCAAGGAAGCUGACCCAUCUAAAAUGCAGUACAACACUUCCAAUUGUCGGAGUGAUACCAUGAUGGAGAAAUUCUCCUAUAAGGGGCCUCUCUUAAAAGGCAAACGCUGUGUGGUGCUGGCCGAUGGCUACUAUGAAUGGCAACAACAUAAUGGACAAAAGCAGCCCUAUUUCUUUUACUUUGCCCAGACUGAGCAGGAAAUGUUCACCAAACCAGAUAUGGAAGAUGAGGUUGAAGAUUCAAAAGGCAGGAAGCUGCUUACCAUGGCUGGGAUUUUUGAUUGCUGGGAGCCCCAGAAUGGAAGAGGAGCAUUGUACAGUUACAGUAUCAUCACAGUAGAUGCAUCUGAAAGUGUAAAAUCCAUCCAUCACAGGAUGCCAGCUAUUCUGGACGGGGAUGAGGCAGUUAGAAAAUGGCUGGACUUUGCAGAAGUACCCACAGAAGAAGCACUUCAGCUUAUCCAGUCCACAGAAAACAUUGCCUUCCACCCUGUAUCAACAAUAGUGAACAAUUCCCGAAAUAAUUCACUAGAAUGCAUUUUACCCAUUGAAUUGGACCUCAAGAAGAAUACCAAGAUUAGUGCAAGCAGCACAGUAAUGCUGAACUGGUUAAAAAACAAAGAGCCCAAGAAAGAUGACAAGGAUGAAGACAAUUUACCAAAGUGGUCCAGCCAGUUCAUCCAGACACCAUCGUCCAAGAAAACUAAUAUAGACUUAAUGCACCAGUGGCUCAAAAAAGAUGGAGAACCUUCUGCAAAGCAACCAAAAAAACAGUGAUAUCUUGGUCAUAGUGCUUAUUACCAAGCCCGUUCUUAGCCUAACCGGUUCUUACAUAUGGAGUUAUUGCAAUAUUUAAAUUUCCUGAUUUAGAUUAUAAUGCAGGACCUCAUGUAUGCUUACUUUCUGAUGCUGAGUAGAUGGGCUUUGACAUUUAACAUUUAGUUUCUUUUGUCUGUCACAAAUACGGGUAUGGAUAUUUAGUGCAGCAUUGACUUGACCUUGCCAACUCGAGAAGGCAACAGUGUUCCAAAAUAUGUAAGAAGUGAAGGAUUUAAUGUUAAUUUUUUUCUUCUUCAAGGAUGCAAGCAGAGAUUUGGUUUGUCAUGGUUACUGUCACAGUAUUCAUUCAAUUCACUUUGUGGAUUGCUCAUCUUUUAUAGAAAAAGUGGGUCACUCUUAAUGCUGGAGAUUUGCUGCUGCACAGGGAGAAUGACUCUUUGCUUUAUUCUCAAGCCAUUUCGAAUUGUUGUCCUUUUUUUUCUGUUUUGAAAGAUGUGGAAUGUCAUCUUCAAGCAAUAUCCUAAUAUAAUUCCUAUUGGUUGGGAAGCUUUUCCAAAAGGAUCUUGUUUCACUAUUUUGGAUUUACUGUACUUUCCAAACUUGUGGUGGUAUUGUUCAACUAGUUCAUAAAAGCUAUAAUGACAAUCAGA